GUGAAUGAGCAAGUGAUGCUGCAGUGGGGUCUACCAGUCAUGAAACGAAUUCUUCUUGUUUUUAUCCUGGCUGCUGCUGUUAUGUAUGGUAUACUGCAUGGAAAUUUGUGGAGAAAUAACCUCUACUGGAUUAGCUUUUAUGGACAGACUUCUUCUGUGAGGGCUCCUUCUUCCAAUGAGGCUAGUGGAGUUACCCAGCUGCUACCUACGGCUGCGGAGAGAAGGAACAUGCUAGACACGUGUCUCCUGAAACCAGCAUUUGAAUCUUUACUGGAUGUUGACAAAAUAUACCCAUUCCUGUGUGCCAACGAUUUUAUCAGAGCAGCAGAGUUCCAUGGAAGUGAUAAGUUUGAGCUACCUUAUGGAAUAAAGAGAGCAGGUAUCAAUUUUUUUCGUUUAGCUCUUUCAAGACUGCAAAACUGUGGACUGUCCAAUGAAGAUGACAGCGUUUCCUGUCGACGGUGUGUUGUGGUUGGUAACGGAGGAGUACUUCGAAAUAAGACGUUAGGGGAAAAAAUUGACUCAUAUGAUGUGAUAAUAAGAAUGAAUAAUGGCCCUGUUAUAGGGUACGAAGAGGAUGUUGGGAGAAGGACAACUUUCCGCCUUUCUUACCCAGAAUCCAUCUUCUCAGAUCCGAUCCACUACGACCCCAAUACAACUGUUGUGAUCAUUGUCUUCAAACCACGUGACUUAAAGUGGCUUUGGGAGAUACUAGGCGGUCAGAAAAUUAGUGCUAAAGGCUUUUGGAAGAAACCAGCUCUGAACAUGAUAUACAAAUCUAAUCAAAUCAGGAUUCUUGAUCCCAGCAUCACCAGAAAAACAGCUUACGAUUGGCUUCAUUUCCCAACAAGGUUUCCCAAAAAAGAGAAACCCAAGCACCCAACAACAGGGUUAAUUGCCAUUACACUAGCAUUUCACAUUUGUCAUGAAGUUCACCUGGCAGGCUUCAAGUAUGACUUCACUGACAGAAACAGUUCUUUGCACUACUAUGGCAACGAUACAAUGUCUCAGAUGAUGCAGAAUGAAUACCAUGACAUCAACGCUGAGCAGAAAUUUUUGAAGAAGCUUAUAGACAAGAACUUUGUGGUCAAUUUGACGUGAAAGAUGGAAGAGAUGAAGAACAAUCACUAUUUUCAAGAUUCAAAAAAAAUUUUAUUUUUUUGUAUGACACUUUUAUUUUUUAAGUGCAACAUAACUGUUUACUGUUUAAAAGGAGCACAGAAACCUCACAAGGCAGAAGCUUCUUCUAAGCCUGAGGAUAAUGGAUUAAUGCAAGCAGAGAACUGAAUUUCUGUGAAGCUAUUUAAUAAUGGGGAAAAACAUGAAACUUUCAGCUGAAAGUAUCAGGGAUAUAGAAAAAAAAAUGUGAUCCACAUGACUUAUUUAUCAGCAAGAACUAUUUCCAAAUGUUUAAUUCUUUGGAAUAUCUUCCUUUCUAACAUUGUCCUCCAAAAAGGUUACACUGUCAAGAGACUGUGAAGAGUGUUUAGGUAAUAGAUGGAUGUUAUAGUCUUGAAUCUCUUGUAAUCUGAAAGUGGCUUUAAAAACAAUGCCUAUAUAUCAUUACUGCGUCUGGGAGAAGGGGAAACAUACAAAGCACACAGGCUUUAGUCUGUCCUACUCCUGAGCAGAGAACAUCAUCUUCAGUGAAGAAGCCACAGCCUGCACUGGUCAUCAACUCUGAACUGCUGUCUGCGUGUGCCAAAGGUGAAGACCCUUUGGUUUGAUUUGUGGAUUUGUUGGUAUUGACAAUGCUUGUGUUGUAUCCAGUUUAUGAAAAACUUGCCCUGUGCUGUGUUUCCAAUAAAUUUUACAAGUUUUGACUUCUCUUA